AGAAAAAUAAAUAAAUAAAAAGCUUUGAGCUUUUUCUGUUCGUUGUUGAUAUUUGGACUCUGAAACAUGUUUGGCCCAUUGAUUGAUUGAACCCCAAAAUUGGGCUGGGGUUUGAAUAUCAAUAUACGGUCUUCUGACUCAUCACCAAGCCGAACAGAGGAUAGAUACCAAAAGAAAAGGAGAGAAGGUCAAAAGAAACUUGCACUAGUCUGUCUGAUGCAGAAGCAAAAACCCCAACAAGCCAAUCCUCCUAAUUGAUCGUAUUUCACAAACCCCUUAGAAUUAGAAAAACCAAGCACAUGACAUGCAUAUCACUGAUAAAGCAAAGCCACACCCUUUUGACCCUUAAAACUGUCCAUGCCUCUAUCCUCAGAACCCAUCUUCACCUCAAUCUCUUCCUCUGCACCAACCUCGUUGCCCACUAUGCCUCUUUGGGCUCAACCUCUCAUGCCUAUACCCUCUUCUCUGCCUUCUCUUCUUCCUCAUCCUCCUCUGACGUUUUUCUUUGGAAUGUGAUGAUUAGAGGCUUUGUUGACAAUGGCCUAUAUCACAAAGCCAUUGCUCUGUACAGUAAGAUGUGGGAAUUGGGUACUCAACCCGAUCACUUUACAUUCCCUUUUGUGCUUAAGGCUUGUGGGUACGUUUGUGAUGAUAGAUUGGGUGUAAAGCUUCACGGGGAUGUGAUUCAAUGUGGUUGUGCAUCGGAUUUGUUUGUGGGUAAUUCACUUAUUGGCUUGUAUGGAAAAUUUGGGCAGGUUGAGACUGCAAGAAAGGUGUUCGAUAAAAUGCCCGACAGGAAUGUGGUUUCUUGGAGUUCGAUGAUUGGUGCGUACUCGCAAAGUGGGUGUUUCAAUCAUGGGUGGUUUUUGUUUGCAAUGAUGUUGAAUGAGAGUAUUAGACCCAACAGGGCUGCCAUUUUGAAUGUGAUGGCGUGUGUUUCUAGAGAGAAUCAGGCUGAUGAGGUUUGUGGAGUUGUGGCAGCUAAUGGACUUGAUUUGGACCGUUCAGUUCAAAAUGCUGCCAUGCAAAUCCUUGGAGCUCUUUAA